AUGUUGUUGGUCUCCUUGCUGUGGGAUCGGAAGCAGGGAGUCAUGCGCCGGCAGAGGCGUCUCAUCCGUACCAUUUGGGGAGUUGUUCUCCUUCUUGUCAGCAUGGUGCUCCUUUCCGUGCGGCGUUGUGGCAUUCCAGUGGCAGUCAACAGCCAAAGAUCUGGAGAAGGGACAUCUGGUGUCUUGGAACUGCCCGAAACUAUGUCGGUGGAUGUAAUGGACCGCAUCAGCGGGGAUGAAAAUCUCGAGGCUCACGUACCACCUUCGACAGUUGGAAAGGGCCUGGUGCUUGGAGAACUUUUCAUUGCUAUAAAGACAACAAAGAAGUUCCACCAGUCCAGAAUGGGAUUACUGCUACUUACCUGGAUAUCUCAGGUCAAGGAACAGACAUACGUCUUCACAGAUGAAGAAGAUGAUGAACUUCAAGGAAAACUGGGUGAUCAUAUGGUGUUCACCAACUGCUCUGCUGAGCACAGCCACCUGGCGCUCUCUUGCAAAAUGGCUGCUGAGUUCGAUGCCUUUUUGGCUAGUGGCCUGAGUUGGUUUCUCCACCUUGACGAUGACAACUACCUGAACCCGCAAGCUCUGCUGAAACUCUUGUCCGCUUACUCUCCAGACCAAGAUGUUUAUAUUGGGAAGCCCAGUUUGAACAGGCCAAUUCAUGCCUCGGAAACCUUGCCUAACAACCAGACAAAGUCGGUGAAUUUUUGGUUUGCCACUGGGGGUGCUGGAUUCUGCAUCAGCCGAAAGCUGGCCACCAAGAUGGCCCCUUGGGCAAGUGGCAGCAACUUCCUGAUCACGUCAGAGCUCAUCCGACUUCCAGACGACUGCACCGUAGGAUACAUCAUUGAAUGCAAGUUAGGAGGCCGCCUGGUUGCUAGUAACCUCUUCCAUUCUCACCUGGAGAAUCUGCAGCUAAUGCAGAGAGACCAACUAGCCAAGCAGGUCACACUCAGCUACGGCAUUUUUGAGAAGAAGCUCAAUGCUAUCAAGCUAGCCGGCCCAUUCUCCCAGCAUGAUGACCCUUCCAGGUUCCGAUCGCUUCACUGCCUCCUCUAUCCUGACACUUCCUGGUGCCCGCAACCAGUCGCCCAAUGACAUCUGGUCAGAA